AUGGCUGCACGGGAAGCUGUGAUUUUCGCGACCAAAGUCACCCUCCAUCUAGUUCAGUCGAUUGUCCAUCUCUACUGCGCCAAAAUAACUUAUGUAUGCUCAUUGCCGCUAAAACAGAUGGCCAUCGCUUCGGCUCAUAACUACCAAGUCAGAGUUCUACUGCAUGAACUGUAUCCAGACCAAGGUUCAGUUCUGGGAGCAGAAGCAUUUCGUCGUGGUGACCUUAUCUUUGUGGACGAAUUCUUGCUGCCUCCUCCGAAAAAUGGUUCAGACGAUGCUGGCGAUGGUCAAGUAGAUGAGAUAAAUUUCUUGUUCCAAACGAAUCAUCUGCCGAUUUCGGUUUUUCAACCUAAUCCCCAAAACCACAACCGGGAGGUUCAAUCUGACGUUUGCCAGGCCUCAUGCUCUACUGCAGUUGACUCGGAUAAUGAUGUUCCCGAUUCAAAGCCACAUUCAAUUGUACCGGAUGAGCCAGAACAGGACGACUUAAUUCCGUUACCUGAAGAUGUGUGUACUAGUCAGGAAUUCGUGUUUACCAGUGAACCCUCCGAAAACUCUCUGGACCUCACUCCUCCCCUGCUAAUUCUACCAGAUGAGGUACCGAAACCAUGCGAAUAUUCUAGCGGUAGUAGCACUUGUUCAUACCAAAGUGCUUCACCAGUUAACAGUGACGAACCUCUUGAGGAAAUUCUCAAGUCUGACGAUAAUUCUCCUGCCUACACUUAUCCUCAGCCCCCUCACCCUGCACCUAGGAGGAUUAAAUACAACACAAGCUCGGAAUCUCUUUACAGUAGGGAAUCUCGGCAUGCCACAACUCCCAAAACUCGAGCCACAUUUCACAAGUCUCAGUCGCCUCCACCCAGCUCUCGCGUCCCCGUUUUCGUGGGCCCACUCACAGGCCCUACCACUUCAGCUAAGCCCCCUCGUCCACCCCGGGCCAAUGGGGUCCUCAAGUCUCUUUCCAAUUUCGGGAAAACAUCGCCAUCUCGUCAUCACAGUCCACGGCCUGCCACUACCUUUGUGUGGCCUAGAUACGACAAACCUCAUUUCUCCUACUCCCAAACUGCCUGCGACUCUGAUUCGUCUUUCGACUCUUCCGACGACCUCGGACACAGUUCUGACUCUGAUGUUCCGAGGCGUCAGCCAGUAGAAUGGGAGGAUAGGGCGGCGUUCGAGGUGUCCGAUUUCAAUUCCGCAUACGCCGAUUCCUCGGUGGCCGUAAAGUCUCGUGGCGACAGUGAUGGCGCUCCGCGCAGACCGCUCGCCGAUCGUCUUAUUAGGGACGUGAACGUGCUCGAGGCUUUAGAAGUGCCGUUCUCCUACGAGGAGGUUGCCUAUAGUUCUAACGAACACUUUCGAGAGAUCAAAUCAACUCCUGGACUCACCAUUGAUCAGGUUGAUUUCUUUUUGUUUCUACAAAGCCAUAUUAUCACCGCAAUGCUGGACGCGCGGCGUCGAGCGACCAAUCGCCAAGCCGCGGAGCGGUGCAGGCGUGUCAAGUCGGCUGCGCGGAACAGUCUCGCUAGCCAGCUGGAUCGUCUGCGUUUGGAGCACGCCGACCUUUCCAGGCGCAUUCUCCGCACUCGGAAACGGCGUCAACAAAAGUGGGAUGAGCUGACGUCGACCCAGCAGUACCUGCUCCAAAAUCUCGUUGACAGCGCAGGCAACCCCCUCGACCCCUCACAAUGGAGGAUACAGACCACAGGUCAGGGCGAAAUGAUUGUUGUCCGCGUAGACAACCGUGAGAAGGCAUCCAAGUCCACCACUGCGUAG